AUGCCCCAAGAAACCAAUGACGAUAUUCUAAGAUUAUUGACAGAUCAGGAACUAGAGGAACUAUUGCAAUUAUAUACUGAAAAAUGUGGCAUAGAAAGUUUUCAAUAUUUACUCAUUUACACACAGCUUCAAUGGAAUAAGAAACUACACGAAAAAGAAAUCGAUGCACAAAAUGAAAAGUGGAUUUCAUUCAGAAAGAAUUUUUACACACAUAGAAAGGGAGAUUUACGUAAAAAUGGCACAUAUGUGUGUCUGCAUCAGGAUUUAAUACAAAGUGUAACCUUCCAUAGUUGGGAAGCAAACUGUAAUGAGUUAUUAGAGUGUUUGGAAAAUACCAAUUUAAUUCAGUGGAAAAACGGUGCAUUACUUUUCAAUAUAGCACCAGAGUUUUCGGAAAGUGUGAAAAAUAUUGUAGUUAGAAAAGGUGGGGUCAUAAAGAGAGCCAGAUCAUGCCAAGGAUUGAUUUUUAAGCCAGUAUAUGGUUUGAAUCCUAAUAAAACAAGCAUUCCUGAUGGUUAUGAUUUAGCUGAACUACAAGAAAGACACGCUGAUUUGAUACACUCCCUGUGGGCAAACAACAAAGAAGGUUCAUUGGAUUAUAUUAAAGGUCACAUACAGAUAAAUAAAACCAUUGGCUUAUAUCAAAAGUCUAACAAUGAAUUAAUCGGUUGGAUUCUUCAAAAUGAAUUCGGUGGAAUAGCAGUACUCCAAGUGAUGUCAAGCCACCAAAGAAAAGGAUUUGGAAGAAUUUUAGUUGAAGCCUUAACAAAUAUUAUUGCCGAAACUGAAAGCAUACCCGCCACGGCAUGGGUUGUAGUGGGAAAUGUAAAAUCAGAAUCGUUACUGCAAAAAGUUGGAUAUAAAAGGGCCGUUAUAUAUGAAUGGAUACAAUUGGAAAUGUGCAACUAA